AUGAAUGCUUUUUAUGAUUUUAUCAAGAAAUCGUUGCACAUUGAUGUUAGCAAGACCCAAUUGUUUGAAAAAGUGAGGAGGUUGAAGAAGAAGUAUGAGAACAAUGCUAGCAAGAGUAAAAUGGGCGAGGAUUGGACUUUUUUGAAGGCUCAUAAGCAAAAAGCGUAUGAAUUGUUGAAAAAGAUAUGGUUUGGUGGAGCUAAUUCUGUAGGUGUUGAUAGUGCAAAGGUUAAUGGGAAAGCAAGGAAGAAUCAGAGUGAAAAAGCCAUUGCACCUUCACCAAGGGUUGGUGAUGGUAGAGAAGGCGGUGGCAUUGAUGGCAAUAGUGGUAGAGAUAUAUGGAUAGCGGUUGUGGUGAUGGUGGAAGGACAAUGUCAUGGAGAUAAAAUAGAGGGAAAGUCUAGAAUUUCUCUGAAGAGUGAAGUCUAG